CACAGUAAUUCAGAAUUCUGAUUGGCUGCUGCAGACAGGCGGGUCUCAUCUACAGCGCCUAGGAAGAAGAAGGCGGCCAUCUUCGUGAGGUCGCAGGCUUUUGUGAUGCCAAGACACUGCUCUGCUGUAGGUUGCAAGUCACGUGACACAAAAGACAUUCGGAAAUCUGGGAUCACUUUUCACAGAUUGCCCAAGAAGGGCAACCCUCGACGCACAGCUUGGAUUAUCAACUCUCGUCGCAAAGGCCCCGAGGGAAAAGGACAGUGGGACCCCCAGAGUGGAUUCAUCUAUUUCUGCUCUAAACACUUCACCGCUGAUAGCUUUGAACUCUCUGGUGUCAGUGGCUAUCGCAGACUGAAGGAUGAUGCGAUUCCCACUGUAUUUGAAAAUCAGCCUCACGGAAGAGGAGAUGCUGGGAAAUGUGACACAAAACGCAGAGGCAGACCUCGAAAUGUGGACAGACAUAUCAGUGUCAAGAACUCCUCCAAUAAUGAGGACUCAGAAACCCAGGAGAUCUUCGACAAUGAGACUGCAUUGCCAAAAGAUGCAGAAAAUGAGUGUGAAAAAGGCGAAGGGGAGGACAAGCAUGCUCAGCCCUCUCCUCAGCCUUCAUCAGAGGCUCCUCAAACCUCUGAAGAGACCGCACUAGAUGCCCAGCCAGCUGACCCCUCUUCUCCUCCUCGUCCACCUUCUCCAUCCUGCUACAUGAGACGUCUCCCGCCUCCUCCUGGCUUUUACUUGCCCAAAGAGCACAACUACGCUCAGCUGUGCCCUCUAGUGUGGCGCAAGCGCUACGACAAAGCCAUCGACAGCUUGGAAAAAGCACUGCGUCUUCUGAGUGCCGCUCGACGGCGGGAGAACCGCCUACGCCACGCGUUACUGCGCCUCAGAGAGAACCGACUCAGAAGCACGCUGUUUCGCACACGAGACGAAGCCAAAGGAAAGGAGGCCCGAGGAGGCAGGUUUUCGAGCUGGAAGGGACAGGGGGCGAAGGGGGAGAGAGGUUGCAAUCUUGAGGGAUUGGAGGAGAGCGCAAGUGAUGAAAUAGACCUUCUGACUGAGGGCUGGACUGCACAAGCACAGACAAAAGAAAGAGUCGCUGGGGAAGAAGAAGAAGGCUGCUGCUUUUACUGCGGAAGAGACAAUGAAGGAAACAAAGUAAGUGGAUACAAAGAAGCAACUGUACGACCUGAUGUUCAAGGAUCCCAUACAAGACAUAAGCCUAAGAGAAUCCAGGAAAUCAAAAGGAAAGCCAAAGUGCUCAAAGAACAAAAGUCGGAGACCUCAAGGACUGAUGUAGCGCCUGUGGAGCAGCAAAGCUACUAUUUAUAUUACUGCGAGAGCGCAGAGAACGAGGACACCAUGCAGGUGGUCUCCAUGGAAUUGCUGAGCACCGAGGAGGAAACAUCUCUCGAGCUCCACAGCAAUGCAGAAGAAAUCCUGCUGCAUCCACAGACCGACAUGCACACUGCGCCCGGGCCUGUUCAGUACUCCACGACGCUGCAGGAAACUUCUGCGCCAUUCCAGCUGCAGCACAUCCAAGUGCUUCAGCCGCAGCAGGGACUUCUUCUCUCUGACCUCGUCACAAAGGAACAGAGCGACAUGGAGCAGGAGCAGCAGUUCUUCUGGGUACAGGAAGGGACUGAUGAUCACGUCCUACUGAUGCCGGUUCCUGCCGAAGCGAGGGAAAGGAACAGGGUCGAUGUUGAGACUGUGCAGCCUCAGGUGAUACUGGAGAGAUAUCAGUCAAAGGACGCUGAAGAAAGGGAUGGACUGACUGUGAAGUGUGAUUCCACUGUAUUAACAGCUACGGUGUGUGGAAACGGUCAGCUCUCACACCAGUCUGACCUGAGGCCCACGGGAGAUGUCAGAGAGAGACUGAAGGAACAUCUAGAGGGCUUUCAGCUUCAGCUGAGCAGCGAGUUUAUUGACUGAACCGAUCAACGAGACUUAGUUUAAUAUUUUCUGUUCUCCAAUUACUGACUCUAUCAUUUGAGAUAUUUCAAAGGCAUCAGCAUCAUAUGAAGGCGAAGUAUUGUUAAAAUUGAAUAUGUUUGUAUUUUAAUUGGAAAGCCAUAAUUCAAUAAAACUCGUCAGUUAGUAAAAUGUGCAUGUUGCAUAUGCAGUGUUUAGUAAACUGGAUUCACUAAUACAGAUAAAUGCAUCAUUUGACAUAAAAAAUGCCAGAAUUACACAGUAAAUCAUUUGAAUUCAA